AUGGCUGAAGAGCUCAUGCUCAUCUUCAGGCAGAUAGAAGGCCUCGACAUUGAAGACCAAGAGCAUUUCAAGCGCGAUACCUAUGCAUACGAGAAGACGAAUGAGUACAUAAUGUCAUUGCUCUCACCUGAGUAUAUGCCCCCAAAUAUUGCAGCUUCCAUGAAGCCCGCUCGAUCUGUCCAGUCUGCUGGAGCAUCGGCUGCAUGCAAGAUCAAGACAGUGUUGACCAAGAAGCACAAGGCCAAUUCAGAGCCACUGCCCAGCAGUAUUUUGAGCAUGACAUGUCAUAUGAAAAGUGAUAUCGAGACAGGCAUAAAGGUAACACUCCUCUCCUUCCUACCUCCACCUAUCAGCUUGCGCAAUGAGGGUCUCCCCAUCCAAGCAUUCAGUCUAUGCCAGGAAUUGGGAACAAUGUUAUCUCCUGAAUUACUUGUGGAAGCGUCUCAAGACAGUUUAAAGCAAUAUUGGACCGUAAUGGAUACCUCUGUUGGACGUGUGCAAGGAACAAUCUCCUCAGGAUGCCGGCACCCACCUCUUUUGCCCCACUAUUCCUGCCGGAAUGCAUGCGAGGCGUCUUUCACUGACUUUUUCUUCAACUCUGGAGAUGUGCCAUGCUUCACCAGUGCACAUAGUCAUCAUUCAAAUACGUCUCUGCACCUAGUAAACCAGUACUACCUGUUUAUGAACAAUCCACAAGAUCCACUCUAUCACAAGUACGAGCCAAUAAUUCCACUACUCUCGUUUGUAAUCUCCCCCGAGAAGACAAAACUUUUCCUGGUGAGACAGGCAAAAAAGGAGUUGGCUUGGUAUCAGCAUCACCAGAUCGCCGGGAACGAAGCAUUGCUCCAAGAGAGAAUGGUGGAAAAGAGCCAGCUUCGACAUAUCCUUGCAGAGCAUGCAGGACAUAUGCUGAAGUGGUCAGCUGGGUAUGCCCAUGCGCUUGCAGUUAUGGAUCAGAAAAACCGAGCAUUCUUGAAGUCUACAAUGAAAACUGAGGAUGUCAAGUAUACGCUCAUUCUUUCCACUCCCACAAUACACUGGACCCUGGAUGUAUUCAAUCUGCGCCUGACAUUCUUAACAACAACAGGCAUGUGGCCAUCCAAGCUACUGAGUCGUCGAGGGUGUAGACGUUUCUAUGUCACCGGUAGCUGCCAAUUCAUCUUCAUCUACACCACUAUCACCUAUGCUACACAUGCUAUGCAAGGAUACCCUGCUAAAGUAGUGCUGUAUGGCACAUUAGAUUUGUAUGACCACAAACAUCUAGGAUCCACAUCUGCUGAGAUAGCCCACCCUGAGCAGAAUUGCGCAUGA